GCAAGGAUAACAUCAAAACGUUUGCUUAUCAACAAUAAAUGGUUCAGUUUGUCGGUAAGCAUGUAUAUUGAUUUAAUUUCGAAAUGGAAAGAAAUGACUGUCGACUAUGCCUUGAUCCGGUUGCCGAAAACUAUUAUUCAAUUGAGAGUCCAGAUUUGAAGGCGAAAAUGAAUAAAGUGUUCAACUUUCCAAUCGAUCUGAAAGCAGGAUACUCAACCUGUGUCUGUGGGACGUGUUUAUGUGCUAUAUCCGAGUUCUACGAAUAUUCGGAACGGGUUCGAGCUAACCAGGAAUUGCUGAAUGUCAAAGCAGAGUCAAGUCAUCUAGAAGCUUUGGAUUUUAUAAAUGAUAGUGAAUCCAAGACUGACGACGCCACAAAGUCAGCAUGUGACAACGAACAUGAUUCAUCUUCUGAAGAAACGACGGACCCAUCCUUCUUUGCAAAUGAUAUAGAAUCGAGAAAAAGUGUUGUAGUAAAGCAACCAGAUCUUCAACAGAAAGCAAAACAAAAACGUACAAAACUGACUAAAGAAACGUUGGAGCAACAGGAUGAACAGAUACACGACUUCUUCAAAAUGGUUUGUGAUGUGUGUGGAGAACUAAGCGAGAGCUUUCCUGCUCUGCAUCUUCAUUUCCAGAAAUUUCAUAGUAGACCCGGGUACGUGGUGUGCUGCAAGAAGAAGUUGUUCAAUCGUCGUUUCUUGUUGGAACACAUAAUCUUCCAUACGAAUCCGAGCGCGUUUCAGUGUGAAGUUUGCCAGAAAUCAUACAAAAAUAAAGAAUACUUGGCAGCACAUUUGGCGAAAGCUCAUGGACAAGGUUUCGAUCGUCAGUACAAAUGUACGCAUUGUCAAGUAUCUUUCGCUAAAAAGCACAAAUUGGAAGCGCAUUUGCAAAGUCAUGAGAAGGCCCAGUGUCCAUACUGUAACAAGAUGUUAAAGGGAGCAGCGAGCCUGAAGGUGCACAUCACCAACCUGCACAGUGACACGGAUCGGCGCAUGAUCUGUGACGCCUGCGGGCGAGUUUUCUUGAGCAAGAUUUUCUUCGAGCGGCACGUCCAAGAACACAUGGGAAUUGAUCCGGUGAAAAAAUAUCAGUGUCAAAUUUGCCAAAGUUGGUUGAAAGGUGAGCGUGGACUGCAGGAUCAUUUGCAACAUUCGCAUUACGAAAAGGAACAUGAAUUCUACUGUGAUAUCUGUCAGCGACGUGUGGCAAACUAUCGGGCACUACAGAAACACAAACGUCGAGUUCACACAGACGAAAAAUAUGGCUGUGACUUUUGUGACCGGAAGUUCAAACAGGCGUACGCUUUGAAGGAGCAUCGUGCCGUUCACACCGGGGAAGUAUUAUAUACCUGUGAAAUAUGUAAUAAGACUUCAAAAUCUAGGGCAAACAGGUAUGCUCACAUAAAAAAAGCUCAUCCUAUUGAAUGGGCUGAAAAAAGACGCUUAGAUGCGGAAGCCAGGGUGCCAAAAACGUAAGGCGUUUCACUAACUUAACUGUUCGAUAGGUACAAUCCUGACUAAGCCUAGACAUGGUACAGAUUGGAAAACUAGUCAAAUACUUUCGGUAAUUGUUAAAAGGUGAACUUUCACUUUUUGUGAAUGUUUUGACGACGAAAAAAUAGCUGUGUCCCGACGAUUUAAGCUCUUUCAAGCUGUAGAGCAAUGUGUUUACAUUCAGACUAAGAUUAGUCGAAACUCAUUUUGUACUGUAUUCUAUAUUAGAUCAAAAAAGAAAAGAAAGAUAAUAAAUUCUAUGUUUGGCUUUCUUCUUCAUUUGUAAAAGAAAAAACAGAAGUUACACAUUGGAUAGUAGCACACUGCGUCAAUUAUGCGUAGAACGUGUAGUUCUAUUAUAUUUGAAAAAGAAUCGGUUUUUUUUAAUUAUUUUCCAAAAAGGUGUGCCAAAGAAAACCAAUUCAAAAUAUACACAAAGAAGAACAAAUUCUGUUUUUUUCUUCCCUCAGUUAACAAUAAAUAAUG